CUAUUUCGUAUUCAAUUUGUGUGGAUCAGUUUGAGCUGAGCAAACUGUUGAGGGAUAGGAGCUGCGAGGGUUUGGUUGGCUCGCAGAAUAUGGCUUCUCAGGUCAGGAGUGAGCGUACUAGGGAUAACAAUAGGUCCAGGAAUCCAGCUCAGCCCCGCUGGGUGCCGAGGGGAUCCAACCCUACUGCUGCUCCUGCCAACUCGCCUCCUCCGAUUUUGAGCUCAAAUGUACCCAAGGGGAACGCAGGGACGUCCAACAACAGCUCCGUGGCAGCGGAGAGUCGACAGGGGCAGUCCAACCACAAUUCGGCCCUGGUGGAGGGUCGGCAGCAGCGAGGAAGGUAUAAUGGAAAUGGCGGGCAGCUCAACCAGAUGUUGCCGCCGUUGGAGAAUCGGCAGCAUGGAGGGAAUGGAGGGCAGUCCAAUCACAGCUUCAUACCAUCAGAUGGUCGGCAGCAUAGAGGAGGGCAUAAUGGGCUUGUGGGGCAGUUCAAUCACAGUUCUGCGCCAUCAGAGGGCCGGCAGCAUAGAGGGGGGCAUAAUGGGAAUGGAGGGCAGUCCAAUAACAGUUUUACUUCAUCAGAGAAUCGGCAGCAGAGAGGGGGACAUCAUGGUUCCAGGGGUAAUGUGGUUCGGCCAAUGAAUCAUAGAAGGGAGAGGGAAAAGAGUGAGAGUCAGGAGGCAAUGGGAAUGAAGGACUCUAGUUUGCCACAGCUUGUACAGGAAAUUCAGGAUAAACUGACUAAGGGUACUGUUGAGUGCAUGAUUUGUUAUGAUAUGGUGAGGAGGUCUGCACCCAUGUGGUCCUGCUCAAGCUGUUACUCAAUUUUCCAUCUAAAUUGCAUCAAGAAAUGGGCUCGAGCUCCCACUUCAAUUGAUAUGUCUGCAGGGAAGAAUCAAGGAUUUAAUUGGCGGUGUCCAGGAUGUCAGUCCGUACAGCUCACGUCAUCAAAGGAGAUUCGCUAUGUAUGUUUUUGUGGUAAGCGGACAGACCCACCUUCAGAUUUAUAUUUGACACCACAUUCAUGUGGAGAACAUUGUGGGAAGCCACUCGAAAAAGAGGUUCCAGGAAGGGGAAUAAGUGAGGAUGAACUUUGCCCUCAUAUGUGUGUCUUGCAGUGCCACCCAGGUCCAUGCCCUCCUUGUAAGGCAUUCGCACCGCCACGGUUAUGCCCUUGUGGAAAGAAAACAAUAACAACAAGAUGCUCAGAUCGGAGUUCUGUUCUGACUUGUGGCAAUCAAUGUAAUAAGCUUCUUGAUUGUGGGCGUCAUAGCUGUGAGCGUAAGUGCCAUGUGGGUCCUUGUGAUCCUUGUCUGGUGCCAUUCAAUGCUUCUUGCUUUUGCCUCAAGAAGGUGGAAGUUGUUCUUUGUGGAGAGAUGAUAUGGAAGGGAGAGGUGAACGCAGCGGAUGGUGUUUUUUCUUGUAGUUCUAGUUGUGGAAAGAAGCUUAGUUGCGGCAAUCAUGUUUGCAGCGAAAUUUGUCAUCCAGGCCCUUGUGGAGAGUGCAACUUAAUGCCACAGAAUGUUAAGACAUGCCAUUGUGGGAAAACAAGCUUGCAGGAGGAACGCCAGAGUUGUUUGGAUCCGAUUCCGACUUGUUCACAAAUAUGUGAAAAGACUCUCCCUUGCGGGGUGCACCAGUGUCAACAGGUGUGCCAUACUGGUGAUUGCCCCCCUUGUAUGGUUAAAGUAACCCAAAAGUGCCGAUGUGGAUCAACUUCCCGGAAUGUGGAAUGCUGUAAUACAACAAUGGAGAAUCAGAAAUUUACUUGUGAUAAGCCUUGUGGUCGGAAGAAGAGUUGUGGAAGGCACCGAUGUAGUGAAAGGUGCUGUCCUCUUUCUAAUUCAAAUGAUCGACUCUCAGGGCACUGGGAUCCUCACUUGUGCUCUAUGCCCUGUGGAAAGAAAUUAAGGUGCGGGCAGCAUUCUUGUGAAUCUCUGUGUCACAGUGGCCACUGUCCUCCCUGCCUUGAUACAAUCUUCACUGACUUGACAUGUGCAUGCGGGAGAACUUCAAUCCCUCCUCCCUUGCCCUGUGGUACACCUCCUCCAUCAUGUCAGCUCCCGUGUUCGGUGCCUCAGCCUUGUGGACAUUCAGCGUCUCACAGCUGCCACUUUGGAGACUGCCCACCUUGUUCAGUGCCUGUGGCAAAGGAGUGCAUUGGUGGACAUGUUGUCCUCAGGAACAUUCCUUGUGGGUCGAGGGACAUUAAAUGUAACAAGCCAUGUGGGAAGAUGAGGCAAUGCGGUAUGCAUGCUUGUGGCAGAACAUGUCACCCACCGCCUUGCGAGUCUUCCUCGUCAGCGGACACCGGCUCAAAAUCUUCAUGUGGGCAGAUAUGUGGUGCUCCUAGGAGAGAUUGCAGGCAUACAUGUACUGCAUCUUGUCACCCUUAUGCUUCCUGUCCGGAUGCCAGAUGUGAUUUCCCUGUGACAAUCACUUGUUCUUGUGGACGGAUAACAGCAAAUGUUCCUUGCGAUUCGGGUGGCAGCACGGCUAGUUUCAAUGGUGAUACUGUGUUUGAAGCUUCCAUCAUUCAGAAGUUGCCAGUACCGCUUAAACCAGUUGAAGCCACCAACAAGAAGAUCCCACUUGGACAGAGGAAGCUCAUGUGUGAUGAUGAAUGUGCUAAGUUGGAGCGGAAACGUGUUCUUGCAGAUGCUUUUGAUAUAGUUCCUCCAAAUUUGGAUGCACUCCAUUUUGGUGAGACUACUGUUCUUUCUGAUUUGCUCUCGGACAUUUUUAGGCGUGAUCCAAAUUGGGUUUUAUCGGUGGAGGAGAGAUGCAAACAACUGGUGCUUGGGAAGAGCAAAGGUGCUACAAGUGGCCUGCGGGUCCAUGUCUUUUGUCCAAUGCUGAAGGAAAAGAGAGAUGUGGUUAGGGUGAUUGCUGACAGGUGGAAGCUUGCAGUUCAAGCUGCUGGCUGGGAGCCCAAGCGUUUUAUUGUGGUUCACGCGACACCUAAAUCCAAAGUCCCACCCAGGGUGCUUGGGGUUAAGGGCACCAGCACAUUGAACGCAUCCCAGCUUCCAGCUUUUGAUCAUUUAGUCGAUAUGGAUCCCAGGCUGGUAGUUUCUUUCCCAGAUCUUCCUAGAGAUGCAGAUAUAAGUGCAUUGGUCUUGAGGUUUGGUGGUGAAUGUGAGCUUGUCUGGUUGAAUGACAAGAACGCAUUGGCUGUAUUCAAUGAUCCUGCUCGAGCUGCAACUGCAAUGAGGAGGUUGGAUAAUGGUACACUCUAUCACGGGGCUAUUGCUGUUCAGUCUGUGGCUUCAUCUGGUUCUAAUGCUUGGGGUGGAGUGGGAAUAGCCAAGGAAGGAGCCCAUACAGCACUGAAGGGUAAUGCAUGGAAGAAGGCUGUUAUUCGGGAGUCUUCUUGGAGAGAAGAUUCAUGGGGUGAUGAAGAGUUGUCUGGUGGUUCUGCAGAUGUGCAGGCAUCUGUGUUGAAAAGAGAAGCUCCAAUUGCUGCCUCAUUAAACCGUUGGAGUGUACUUGAUAGUGAAGUGGCACUGGGAUCAUCUUCUGUAUCUCCCACAGUAGAGGACUCUGGAAAGCAGACUGCUGAUAGUUUGAUUUCGAUAGUGGACUCUAAUGCAAGUGGUUCAACUUCAUCGAAUGCUACCUCGGUGCAGCUUGUAGGAACUAUAGCAGAAACAUCUGAAGUGACAAACAUGGAUUGGGAUUCUCAGCUCGGUUCUGCUACUAUUUCAAAUCAGUUCAAGAGCCUUGGAGUGUUAUAUGGUCAAAUGAGUACUGCCCCCUUAUACGUCUUUGGGACAAUUCAUGCAAAAGAUAUGAAAUCGGAGGACACAGUUUCUGAACUAUUCUCCUUCAUUUUCUGGACUAUGAGCAUCAUUUAUUUACUGAAGUAUGCCUGUAUAGUAUCACGAGCUGAUGAUAAUGGUGAAGGUGGUACUUUCGCUCUGUACUCGCUCUUGUGUAGGCAUGCCAAAGUAGGUUUGCUUCCAAAUGACAAAAUUUCCGAUGAGGUUAUGCAUUAUGAAAGGGAAACUCCUUUCAGGAUUAAGGUGGAAUCGAGGGCUAAAAGAGCUAUUGAAAGACAUAAAAGUAGUCACUAUGCCAUGUUGGUCCUGGCUCUAUUAGGUUCCUGCAUGACAAUCGGUGUUGGGGUGCUUACCCCAGCUCUUUCGGUCUAUUCAGCUUCAACAAAUGUUCAAAGAUCACUAUCAGAUAUGACCAAACUAUUUUCAUCUUCAGAAAGGAAACAAGAUUCAAUAACAAAAGCUUUCAAGGAAUAUGUAUCAGUUCCAUUGGCCUCUGCUAUAUUGGUGUGCCUCUUCACGUUGCAGCAUUACGGGACUCAUAAAAUUGGGUUUAUGUUUGCUCCAAUUAUCAUAUUCUGGCUGAUAUGUAUCGGUGGAGUGGGCAUAUAUAAUAUUUUCUACUGGGACAAAAAAAUUAUUCAUGCAAUCUCUCCAGUAUUCAUGUACAGAUUUGUUGGGAACAUUAACGCUGACCGUUUGAGGGCAUUAGGCAGUGUAGUUCUCUGUGUAGUAGGAUCAGAGGCAAUGUUUGCAGAUCUAGGCCACUUCAGAAAGAAAUCCAUCAAGAUUACAUUUGUAUGGUUCAUCUAUCCCGUUCUUGUUCUAUGCUAUGCCGGUCAGGCUGCAUUUAUCUCCAAAAACUUUAAUGUUGAUGAUUACAAUCAUCUCAGCGAAUCAGUUCCAACUAACACGUGUGAAAACAUGGAAAUUCCGGGACCUGUUCGACACUGGUUCACAGCAUUAUCCCUACUUGCUUCAGCUGUAGGAAGUCAAGCCACCAUAACAGCCAGUUUUUCCAUCAUAAAUCAGUGCCUGGCACUUGGUUGUUUUCCCAGAGUAAAAGUUAUUCAUACAUCAGAUAAGAUAAACGGGCAGGUUUAUAUACCUGAUAUCAACUGAAUAUUGAUGGUUCCAUGCCUUACUGUUACAAUCGGUUUCCAUAAUAUUGAGAAAAUUGGCAAUGCCACAGGUUUGGCCGUAAUUUCUGCAAUGGUUGUAACAACUUGUCUCAUGUCACUGGUAAUUGCCUUAUACUGGGAAAAGAGUUUGUUUGAAUCAAUCUGUUUUCUACUUUUCUUCGGUUUCAUUGAGGCGAUGUAUGUGUCAGCUUGUAUGCUAAAUUUCCAUAAGGGAGCUUGGUAUUUGGUUUUCCUAUUGGCAUUGUCCUUGACUAUCAUGCUUUCAUGGCAUUAUGGAACCAAGAAGAAGCUCGAAUUCGAUUUAACAAACAAGGUGUCUGCAGAAUGGCUUACAGCUAUUAGCCCGGUACUAGGAGUCACCAGGGUACCUGGCAUUGGCUUCAUUUAUACAGAUAUAGUCUCAGGAAUUCCAGCUUUCUUCUCACACUUCAUUACGAAUCUUCCUGCAUUUCAUCAAGUUUUGAUCUUUGUGUCCUUUAAGUCCCUACCAAUCCCCUAUGUCCCUGCAAGUCGGAGAUACCUUGUGGGAAGGAUCGGGCCGAAAGAUCUUAAAAUAUAUCGUUGUGUGGUGAGAUAUGGAUAUUGUGAUCAUAUUAGGGACACUGAUGAUUUUGAGGAAGAGAUUAUUGGUUCGAUUGGAGAAUUCAUUUCCGUGGAAGAAAAUGAGUCCCCAAAUUCAACACAAGAGAGAAUGAUCAUAGUUGGCAAGCCACCAUCAAAUGGAAGUGCUCUGAUUCCUUUAAAUGAGAUCACCACAUGUGAGGACUCCCUGAGCUCAGUGCACAGUGAAAGCCGAUUAGGUACAUUGGCUGAAGCAUGUGAGAGUGGUUUGGUUUCAGUGCAGAGAAAAAAGGUCCGGUUCAUGCUGCCUCCAAAUAGUCCUAAGAUGCUUGAAACUGUUAGGGAGGAGCUUCAAGCACUGAUUGAUGCUAGGGAGAGUGGUACGGCAUAUUUCCUGGGUCAGGUUCAUUUAGCAGUUCGUGAUGGCUCAAACAUUUUCAAGCGGUUACUGAUCAUGAUCUAUGUUUUGAGUGAGAAAAAUUGCAGAGAGCCUCCAGUUGCACUCAAUAUUCCUCAUGCUGCUCUUGUUGAGGUUGGUAUGGUCUGUAGCAUAUAAUUGAACUGUUUAGUUACAAAUUGAGGAAAGAACAGAAGCAAGAUCAGUAACAGAGUACAUAAAUGUAUAUACUGAAAGUUACAGGAUAUAAAAGGCUGUAGUAAAGUAAGUCCUGUUACAAGAAAGAACUCUGAAAAUUUAUGCCAGUCAUGUUUGUUGGUGGUUUGUAAAAAUUUUGGACCUGAGU